GUUGAGCAUUGAGUUCGUAGUGAGCUGAAGUAAAGAUGGGUCAAGGAGUCCUCAAGAGUCUUGGACUCCUGGUCCUCCUUUGUGUGAGUCGGUCCACCCAGCAGUUACUAGACAAUUCAGCUUCAGUAUCGAACGCAGCCAGAACCGGUCAAGAACUAGAUGAAAAUGAAAAGUCAGCAUCUGCAUCAGCAAAUGCUGUAGCGCAAAGUAUUGGACAUUUCUAUCCAACCAGCAACCGACCGCCAUUCUAUCCAACGACGCCACACUACCAACCGAAUAACCAAUGCUACCAUGCAGACCAAAUCCUGCACCUCAAAGACCCGUACGGGGUCUGCCAGGUGUGCGUCUGCGUGCAACGGUACGGGUACCUAGAGCCGGUGUGUGGCAGCUGCGCCGAAUGCGACACGUGGCCGCCGACGCCGCCGCAGCCGACUACAACGCCGGCGCCGCCCCCACCCCCGCCGCCGCCGCCGCCGCCGCCGCAACCAAAAUGCGACCCCAUGCCUUCCAACCAGUACUUCCAGAACCCGUUAGAUCCCUGCCAAGUCUGCAUUUGCAAGGUGGCUGAGGAUGUGUUUGGUCGCCCCGAGGCUCCUGUCAUCGAAUGUACUCAGAACCCUAAAUGCCUUCAUCCCACGCCGACACCACCGCCUGGGCCUCCUCGUCCAUUUCCUGUAUGCCAGUUCUACCCGAGAGACGUCUGGUUCGCGCACCCGCAGUACGCGUGCUACAUCUGCAAAUGCGAGGGAUCACCGAUGGGGGAAACCACCAUAGAUUGCUACCCCGAUCCUGUGUGUGAAAUCACUACCUUGGCGCCGCCGACAACCAAGGCCCCUCCGGUUAAUCCACAUGUUGAUCCGCUACCUGGACCAUCACCACAUCCAUCAUGCCGGCCGUUCACCCCGGGGCUGGUGUUUCAGCACCCGUGGGACCCGUGCCUGGAAUGCAUGUGCAUAGAGGCGUCCGUCUCCAACGUCGUCAAUGUUCAAGUCAACUGCUACACUAAAGCGGAGUGCUGCAUAAUUCCUCCAGAUCCGGGUACUUAUCCACCAGGCCUGCCGCAGCCACCGGGCAAUUACAUUCCGACUCCCCCACCGCCUUACAACAAUGGCAAUUAUUACCCAGGAAAUAUGGGACCAGGACAAAUAGGAUCUUCGAUAGCCAAUGCAAACGCAUUCGCUGAAAUUAUCGGAAACGGACAAGGCACCGCCAACUCUAUAGCUCAAGCUGACGCAGCCGCCCAAGCCGCAGCCCAAGCCCAAGUCGCCGCACAAGCCGCUCAGAACAACCUCAACCAGUACCAAUACUACCCAGGCCAAGAUGCUGGAUCUCAGGCCGCAGCGCAAGCCCAGGCCAUAGCACAGGCUCAGGCUGCUGCAGAAGCCGCUCAGAAUAACUUAAACCAGUUCCAACUGUACCCAGGCCAAGAUACUGGAUCUCAGGUCCAGGCACAAACCCUAGCUGAAGCCUUAGCCGAAGCUCAGGCAAACUCCAACCGCGCUUAUCCAGGCUCUUAUCCCGGCAACUGGAAUCAGGGAGGAUUCCAACAAGAAACUUAUCCAAAGAAAUUGAUAAUACAGCAGCCGAGCUCAUAUUACUACCCAGGUGGUAACUCAGGAUUCCCUGGUGGUAACCUGGUCUUCCCCGGAGGAAACCAAGUCAUCCCAGGUAGUAACCAAAUCUUCCCCGGGGGUAACCAAGUUUUCCCUGGUGGUAACCAAAUCUUUCCCGGUGGAAACCAAGUCCUACCUGGUGGAAACCAAGUCUUCCCUGGAUCUGGCGGAUUUGGUAGCUUUGGAAGCGGGAUUUCCCAGGCCCAAGCCUCCAGUAAUGCCCAGUCAGGAUAUGGAACAGCACAAGCUCAAUCUGACGCCAUUGCUCAGGGAGACUCUCAAGCGAUAGCAGAUGCUAUGGCUCAGAGCAAUGUAGGAUACUCAAAUGGAUUGUAUAAUGGACUGGGAAAGCCAGAGUCGUUGGCUCAAGCUCAAGGAAGCGCUCAAUCUAACCUCUAUCAGACAGGUUAUAAGAAUCUAUAUGGAUACGGUGGAUCUGGUGCUUCAGCCCAAGCCCAAGCUCAAGCCGAAGCUGAUCUAGGAUCAGCACAAGCUAUGGCAAACGCAUUAGCUCAGCAAUUAACUUCGCAGGCUCAGGCUGACGCUUCAGCUAACGCUAAUGUAAUGUCUCAGCCAGUGCUAUACCAAUCCCCGACGUCGUAUUUCUAUCCUGGUGGAGCCCAGCCGGUGAGGACCAACGCAGGGGCUCAAGCUGACGCACAGGCGGUAGCCAAUGCUAUGGCUGAUGGAGACGCGUCCGCCCAGGCACAGGCAUCGGCGGCGUCCGCCAUAAAAGCAGGUGAUUCAGAUUCACAGGAGUAGAAAAUAUUUAAUGUAGUACAACUAGCUCACGACUCAAGCGACUCAGCCAUGAAGACGGACUCGAAUGUAGUCUAAAAGUGUGAAGCAAACCGAACGAAGCACUUUUAUUUAUUACGUAUUUGCAAUAAUUACAUAGUUCGGAGCAAUGU